AUGCUUCAACAUGCUGCCCCAAACCUCUCUAACGUGUUUGUCUUCAAUCUCACCUCGGGGACUCCCACUGCGUCAUCAGGAAACAAGCCUUUAUAAGAGGCCUGCCGCCGUUGCGACCCGAGUGCUGCGACAGGUACUAGGUCACCAGCAUGGACAAGUUAACGUUUGAGAGGGAGAACCGUGAGCGUAUCCAGGCCGUGGAGAAUUCGUUUGUUCCAGCAGGGACGCCCCUAUCCAUUCCGGGUCGGGUUUUGAUGGGAGAGGGCCGUCUGAUGAAGCAGGGGCGUCGGAAGCCCGAGCCUAAGGAUUUCUUCCUCUUCAGCGACGUGCUGGUGUACGGAAGCGUCUUCCUCAACGGCCGCUGGCACAGAAAGCAGAGAGUCGUCCCUCUAGAGGACAUCGAGUUAGAAGACAUGGAGGAUGGUGAGGGAAUGAAAAACCAAUGGCUGAUGCGUACACCACGCAAGUCCUUUUAUGUGUCCGCCCCUUCAGUCGAGGAGAAGCGGGCCUGGAUGGAGCACAUCCAAGACUGCCAGUCAAACCUGAUGCAGGGCGGCAGCAGCCAACCUGGUUCCACCUUUGCUGUUACCUGGAUCCCAGACAAGGCCGCCUAUAAAUGCAUGCGUUGCUUAAACAAGUUCACUAGGACCAAGCGUCGACAUCACUGCCGAAAAUGUGGCUUUUUGGUCUGCAAAGCAUGCUCCAAGCAUCGAGCCGUGAUAAACCAUAUUCACCCCACAAAGAGGCUGAGGGUCUGUGGCCUCUGCUACAUUAGGAAUGAGGAAGAUAAGCAGUCUCACGUGAGGGGAGACGGCACUGAAAAGAUUAGCUCAGAGGAGGACAAUGAGGCAGCAUCCAGCGAUGAGGAGGAGGAAGAGGAGACGAAGCCAAGCUACACUUCUAGCAGCUGGCUGGACGGGAUGGGAACCUAUGUUUACCCGAGGCCAAUGCAUGAGCGGGCCCCAGUGAAACAUAACCACAACAACACUGCCACAGUCUCUCAGACGUAGUCUCACAGUGCCAGACCUAUCUCCACAGUAAUGGAGAGUAGUCUGGCUGCACUGCCUAUCUAUUCUCAGAUAGGGGGGGAGCGGGGUGCUUGUUUUUAUUACUUUUUAACCAAUCACAAUCCCUGAUAGCAAGAGAGGAGGGACAUCCGGCGUGUGAAAGACGCACCCGAUGUCAGCGCUGCAGUGGUAAAAUCUUAAAACUCAGUGACAUUAUGACAGAUUGUCUUAAGAUGUGAGAUGGUGUCAGACUGUAGUCUUUUCAAAGUAUUGUCAGAGUCUUCUAGUGUAUGAUAGGCAUUACUCACUAGCGACUUUAUUUCUAAAAAGCAAUUAGCAACAAAUGAUGUGACAUA